AUGUUCCUCUUCCAUAGCAAUCCCCAUCCCUUCCUCCUCCUCCUCUACCAUACCCAUCCCUACACCCUGUUCCUCUUCCAUAGAAAUCCCUUCACCCCCUUCUACCAUACCCAUUCCUUCCUGCUUCUAUACCCAUCCCUUCACCGUCUUCUACCAUACCCAUCCCUUCCUCCACCUCCUCUACCAUACCAAUCCCUUCCUCCUCCUCUACCAUACCCAUCCCUACACCCUCCUCAUCCAUAUCCAUCCCCUCCUCCACUACCAUGCCCAUCCUCCUCUUCCUAUUACAUACCCAUCCCUUCCGCCUCCUCCACCUAUACCAUACCCAUCAUUUCCUCCUUCUCGACCAUACCGAUCCCUUCCUCCUCCUCCUAUACAAUACCAAUCCCUUCAACCUCCUCUGCCAUACCCAUCCCUUUCUCUUCCUCUUCCACACCCGUCCCUUCCUCAUCCUAUACCACACCUAUCCCUUCCUCCUCCUCUUCCAUACCCAUCCCUUCACCCUCCUCCACCCUACCCAUCACUUCCUCCUCCUCUACCUUACACACCCCUUCCUCUUCAACUAACAUACCCAUCCCUUCCUGCUCCAUCUAUCAUACCAUCCCUUCCUCAUCCGUUACCAUAUCCAUCACUUCCUCCUCCUGUACCAUACCCAUUCCUUCCUCAUUCACCAUACCCAUUCCUUCAUCCUCCUCCUCCUCUACUAUACCCAUCCCUUCUUGUUCCUCUUCGAUAGCAAUCCCUUCACCCCAUUCCUUCCUGCUCCAUCUCCUCUACCAUACCCAUCCCUUCUACCUCCUCUACCAUAUCCAUCCCUUCCUCCUCUUCCAUACCCAUCCCUUCAACCUCCUCUACCAUACCCAUCCCUUCCUUUUCCUCUUCCAUAACAACCCCUUCACCCCCUUCUACCAUACCCAUUCCUUCCUGCUCCAUCUCCUUUACCAUACCUAUCCCUUCCUCCUCUACCAUACCCAUACCUUCUUCCUCCUCCUCUACCAUCUCAUCCCUUCCUGUUCCUCUUCCAAAGAAAUCCCUUCGCCCCUUCUACCAUACCCAUUCCUUCCUGCUUCCAUACCCAUCCCUUCACCCUUUUCUACCAUACCUAUCCCUUCCUCCUACUCCUCUACCAUACCAAUCCCUUCCUCCUCCUCUACCACACCAAACCCUUCCUCCUCCUCUUCC